UGAACCACCCAGCACCUCUCAGGCUCUUGGAACUUGCAGCCCACAGCCUGCUGAGCAAUGAGGCUUCAGUUCUACUGGUGUUGGAACAGCUCACAGUGAACCUUUUCCCGCCACUACUCACUGCUGCAUUUGCCAAGGGGCACAGAAAGGCUCUGAAGGCCUUGGUGCAGGCCUGGCCCUUCCCCUUUCUCCGUCUGGGCUCUCUGAUAGUGCAGUGGCCCAACCAAGAUAGCCUGCAAGCUGUGGUGGAUGGGCUGGAGGCCUUUUCUGCCCACAGGGCUUGUCCCAGGUAAGGGGGAUGCUGGGAGCAAGACCUCAGCUCAGAGCCAGAGGGAGGGUGAGCUGAGAUCCAGGGGAGGGGAGCGUUAAAUCGCCUCGGGGGAUAAGUGGGGAAACUAUGUUUGUGAGUUAAGUGGUUGAUGGUACAGCUACAAGGCUUUAAGGAGAGGGCUUUUUACCUUCUAGGGGUGGUGGUAUGAGCUGUCUGAGGAAUAGGGGCUGGCAAGGAGCCUGGGUGAGGGAGGAAAAGCCCAUUAGAGAGGAGAGGUGAGGCGGGCUGGUACUGGGGUCUGGGGAGCGGCCCAGGACCGCUGCCGCUCAUCUUACCUGGGCUCCCCAGCAUCUCAUCACGCCCGUCUCCCCACAGGAAGUCAGAACUGAGGAUGCUGGAUUUCACCCUGGACUCUGAGCAAGUCCACAGUAAAGGGGCUUCUGAAGCCUUGGCUAAGUUCCCAUUUUGGUUACCAUCAACAGUCAAGGCAGAGAUGCCCCAGGCCGCGGCCAGGCCCAAGCCAACAGAGAAUAUGAAAAAAGGACCAAAGCAGCCAUGGGAAGCAGUGGAAAUACACAUUGAUCUUUUCCUGCGAGGCCCCUUCAAGUUAGAUAAGUUCCUCUCCAGCCUCCUGACGAAAGUGGAACAGAGCCACGGGGCCCUGCAUCUCUGCUGUAGGAAGUUGCACAUUGAGGAGAUGCCCUUCCACAGUCUGCUGGGGAUCCUGAAGACGCUCAAGCUGGAUUUCAUCCAGGAGCUGGAGGUGUUUGACUGGUUUGACUGGUUCUGGGCAUUGUCAGAUCCAAACCUAUCUGCAACACAGCUGGGAAGGAUCUUCAACCUGCGCAGCCUCAAACUCAUCUACUACAACUGGGCCUUCUCCUCACGGGGCGAGCGGCCCUCCAGCUACUUCCUCUCGCAGCUCACCAGGCUGGGCCACCUCCAGAAGCUGCACCUGUCUUACUCCUACCUCUCGGGCAACCUACAUUAUGUACUCAGCUGUCUGUGGGUUCCACUGCAUUCCCUGGAGAUCUGCUACUGCAGGCUUCUCGACACUGACAUCACCUACUUGUCCCAGAGCCCUCAUACCACUUGCCUGAAGAAGCUGGAUCUGAGUGGCAACAACCUGUCCUACAUGAUCCCUAGGCCCUUGGGGACCCUGCUGAGGGAGGUCUCAGGGACGCUGCAGCAGUUAGACCUGAACCACUGCCGGCUGAAGGAUGCCCACCUCAGUGCCCUCCUGCCCACCCUGUGCCGCUGCUCCCACCUCAGUUCCCUGAGCCUCUCCGACAACCCCAUCUCCAGUGCCUGCCUCCUGAGCCUGCUGGAGCACACAACGGGGCUGACGGAGCUGAAGCAGGUACUCUAUCCCAUCCCAGUCGACUGCUGCAUGUACCUGCAUGGCCUCUCCUGGGGUCCCGUGAACAAGGACAAGCUGUGCCAGUUGCAGGCUGAGAUACAGAAGCAGCUGCAGGCCAUGCAGCGGGCUGACAUGCAGUGGAGCCCCACUGCCCUUGCUUAUGCAGCUGGUGCAGUUUGAAUGAAGAGCAGGAGCCAGGCUCAGGGAACAGAAGUCAGAGAGGGCAGCUGGAAUCAGAGCUGGGGCCGCAUGUUGUUUGCAAGGAACAUAAAAUAAACUUCCAUGGGAACUGUCUGGUGCUUUCUUCUUUCCCCUUGCUCCCCUUUCCCAGUGCAAAGCCUGGCCUGUUUCACCUGUUCAUUAUCCAGCCACACAUUAUCCAGGUGGCUCUACCGCCAGGUCACCAGAGACCCCAGAGGUCCAGCCCUCCCUGGCAAACACUCCCUC